GAAAGGUGAAGGUGUAGGUCGAUGUUAGUAAUGUAUCGAACAUGACCUAGAUCGGCGUUCAGUGUUCCAGUCAUUGGACAUUCUUCAUGUUAUGAUGUAUUUUAUAUCAUUUAGGGAAAUUACGUUAUGAAGCAAUUUACCACAUGUGUAUAAAGCAGCUCAUCUAAUGUGUUGUUGUCCUGACGGAGUGUGUACCAGUUUCAUGCCUCACCCAUUUCAAAUUAACUGAGACAAAACAGAAGAUUGAGCAAACGGGGAGAUAACUCCAUGGCCUCGUCCGGUGAGGACAGCUGGUCAUGUGAUGUCUCCAUAUCGGCCAAGUACGAUCACGUCGAGCAAACUGCAUCAGAUUUAAAGUUGAAGAAGGAACAGAAACGCCGUCCCAAGCCCAAGGAUGGAACAAUGCUUCUGUGUGUUGUGUGUGGGGACCGUGCCCUCGGCUACAACUUCGAUGUGGUGUCCUGUGAGUCCUGCAAGGCGUUUUUCAGACGAAAUGCCCUCAAAGCAAAGUCGUUCACCUGCAGCUUUGAUGGCAACUGUAAACUCGACUCUCACACACGAAAGUUCUGUUCUGGUUGUCGUCUCAAGAAGUGUCUGUCCAGUGGGAUGAAGAAAGACUGGAUUCUCAGCGACGAGGAGCUGUCGAAGCGUCGCGAGCGGCGGAAGUACCGGUCGCUGAGUGAGCAGGAUGUGUACCCGCAGGUGGUGACGUGCUCCCAGACGAGCUCCAACGAAGUGACCACCAAUUACCACUCCGACGACCAUUCCAGCCCCUCCAGCUCAAACUUGUCUUCGUCGUCGCCGAAACUCGUCUUCGCCAAGACCGAACAGCCCGACGAACAAUACCCAUGCCCCAUGUCAGACGAGAUGCGCGCGAACAUCGAGAACAUGACAGAGGUAUACAGCACGAUCUUUGACGCGCCCUACACCAACACACAGGUCAGCAAGCUGACCACCGAGGACAAGACCACCACCGAGUUGUUCAAUCUGACGGACAUUUUUAUACGACGCUUGAUCAGGUGGUCCAAGCUCCUGCCAGAGUUCAAAGUGCUUUCCCAGGAGGAUCAGAUUAGUCUUUUAAAGGGUGGAAUCAUGGAGAUCUUUGUGCUGCGGUCGGCGAUGGGGUUCGAUGACAACAAACAGCAGUGGAAGUACAAGACGGCCGACGGUCAGAAGAACAGCCUGGACCCGGACGUGAUAAAGAAAUCCAUCAGCAAGGACAUGUACCUAAAACACAUGCACUUCGUGAAGUGUCUGCGCGAGAUGACCCGGAGUGACCGUGUCAUCAUGGUGUUGCUCUUCAUCAUCGAGCUGUUCUCGCCUGACCGCCACGGCCUCGUCAACAAACUGACCGUCUCCCAGGGCCAGGAGAAGUAUUCCAUGUGGCUAAAGGCCUACCUGGAGUCAGUGAAUUCGGUGUUCGAGGCGCACCAGCUCUACCCAAAACUGUUGCUCAUGCUGCGCGAUGUGCGGUCGCUCGGGGAGGAAAGUGCAAUGAUUGCCUCGAAACUGGACAUCGGCAAACUCGACCCCUUGUUACGGGAGGUGUUCAGUAUGAGUUAACACCGUUUUUUUUUAAUUAUGGCACUAAUCAUCAUCCAUUAUUGUUUGUUAGUUUCAUUCAACUUACUGUGCUAGCACAACAACAAUGCUGUACGAGACCCAGAGGUUAUAACUCAGGGUUGUAUAGCAUUGUUGAUGUGCUAGC